AAGGUGUCACGCGCUGGGAAGGAGCUUGCCGGAGUAAAUAGAAAGGGAGAUAACUCACGUUAUGAAAGAGGGCUGAGCUCGCACACUGACAUGGCUGGCAGAAACCUAUUCACGAGAAUUUCGCCUCUUCGGAAGGCCCUUCCCCAGCUGCUUCAGACAAGGCUGGCCCAGACUGCUGCAGCUGCGGCCCCACAACUCAGCCCCAAGAUAAAGAAGUUUCAAAUCUACAGAUGGGACCCUGACAAGACUGGUGACAAACCCCGUGUUCAGACCUAUGAAGUGGACUUGAAUCAAUGUGGUCCAAUGGUUCUUGAUGCUUUAAUUAAGAUAAAGAAUGAGAUGGAUCCAACCUUGACAUUCAGAAGAUCCUGCAGAGAAGGUAUCUGUGGGUCAUGUGCUAUGAACAUUGAAGGCACAAACACCCUUGCAUGCAUAAUUAAGACCGACACAAACCUGAGUAAAACCUGCAAGAUAUAUCCCCUGCCACACAUGUAUGUUAUCAAGGAUCUCGUCCCUGACAUGAGCAACUUCUAUGCCCAGUAUCGCUCCAUUGAACCGUACCUUCAGAAGAAGAAUGAGACAGAGGCAGAUGUGGGAAAGGAGCAGCAUCUUCAGAGUGUGGCUGACCGGGCUAAGCUGGAUGGACUGUAUGAGUGUAUACUGUGUGCGUGCUGCUCCACCGCCUGCCCCAGCUACUGGUGGAACUCUGACAAGUACCUGGGACCUGCUGUCCUCAUGCAGGCUUACAGGUGGAUGAUUGAUUCUCGUGAUGACUUCACUGAUGAAAGGCUGGCCCAGAUGGAGGACAAGUUCUCUGUUUACAGAUGCCACACUAUUAUGAACUGCACCAAAACUUGCCCAAAGGGUUUGAAUCCAGGUCAGGCAAUUGGAGAGAUGAAGAAAAUGCUCCUGUCCUACAAGAAGACUACUGCAGCUCACGCAUGAUGAGAGGAACACGAGAGAAGCAGAUGUCACCAGCACAACUUAGCAGUGUUCUUGUUGCCAGGGAAUCUUCAAGCAACCAUCCUAGUACUUUCAUGCCCUUCCUUCAAUACCAUUGUAGCUAUGGCGGUGUAGCAACAGGGCAGUGGAGUUGUAGCUAUGGGGGUGUAGCAACAGGGCAGUGGAGCUGAAUGUUGAAAUCAGGCAUACUUUGCAGGUUGAUUUCAGUGGUAUUGCGGUGUUUUUUGGCAAUGAUGUUAUUUUAAGGUAUUUACAACACUAGUGUGAACAUAUUUAUUUGCAUUUAUUUUGUGUAUAUGCUAGAACGUUUGAGGCCAGUGAUAUUCUGCUGCCUCCUUGUAAUGGUGAUUAUGGUCUGUAUGUUUCGGUUGUUGAAUUAUUCCUGUGUUUCACAUUGUCAUCGCAGAUCAGACUGACAUUUGCCCUCCCAGUUAGCCUUGUACAGUUAUGGGGGCGGUCGGGUUACCUAGUUGUUGAAGCGUUCGCUCGUCAUGCCGAAGACCCGGGUUCGAAUCCCGACAUGGGUACAAUGUGUGAAGCCCAUUUCUGGUGCCCCCAGCCAUGAUAUUGCUGGAAUAUUGCUAAAAACGGUGUAAAACCAAACUCACACACUCACACUGUACAGUUAUGUUGACUUCCACUAAAUCCUUUAGACAUGUUCAUGUGUGCAGCUCCAUCUGACAGAGGCACAAGGCCACAGAUAAGGUUAACUGUUAAGUUUAACAUCAAGUAAAUGUUGUUUUAAGAUUGUAAAUAAAACUGACAUAUUACGAUCAUCUAUGAAAGAAUUUUAUCAAUGGUAGACUUUUAUUCAUCUGAAAUACGUAAAUGUCACAAAAUGUCUGGAGGAACUGGCACAGGUGUUGACAUUGGAAUGGAACUGGUUUGUCAUUGGCACUCUUUGUUCAGGAGAGGGCAUGGGUGGCCCAGUCGUCUAAGGCGCCGUGAUUCGCUGUGCAGAGUUGCGUCC